ACUCUAAAAAAUUAAUUAAAAUUUAAAAUCUUCAAUAAAAAUGGCGCCUUCAAAAAAUAGUUAUAAUAUUAACAAAAGUCAUAUAAACAAUAUAGAAAUGAAUUCUGUAGAUCACAGCAAAAUCGAAUACAGUUACGAAGAAGCAUUGGAAAUCACCGGUCAUGGCAGAUACAACUAUGGGCUGCUGAUCACAUGCUUCGUGCUCAUCAUCGCGAUGGGUAUCGACAUCUUCGGCUUGGGCAUCAUUGUGACAGCGGCUACCUGUGACCUGGACCUCACGCUCAGCCAGAUUGGGAUACUGUCGUCUAUGUCUUUUGCUGGUAUAAUAGUAAUGUCGUACCCGUGGGGCUACCUGUCGGACACGAGAGGCAGGAAGCUGGUGCUCAUGUGGGCCAUGGGCGGCAGCUUCAUCAGCUCCGUCAUCAGCAGCCUGUCGCCCACGUGGCAGGUGCUGGCUGCGCUCAGGUUCAUCAGCUCGGCUUUAUCCAGUGCAGCAGAGUCAGCAACUUACGCGCUGAUUGGCGAGUGCUGCGGCACCAGGGUGCGCGCCAAGUAUAUGCUGCUCAUCACCAGUGCGCUUAUGAUUACUCCUGCGCUGUAUUAUAUAACCGCCUUCCUAAUAAUGAAGCUGGACUUCAGCAUCCCCCUGCUAGGCAUCAGCUACCGACCCUGGCGUCUCCUGACCCUGAUCAUGGCGCUCCCACUGGGCCUCAGCGCGCUGCUGCUGUGGUUCUACAGCGAGAGCCCCAAGUUCCUCGCCAAUGUCGGCCGGAAUGAAGAGGCUGUGCAAGUCCUGAAGAGGAUCUAUGUGGCUAAUGGACAUGAUGGGGAUAAGUUUCCUGUGAAACAGAUCUACCUAGAAGACGGCAACAAGGAGGAGGUGGGAGUGUUCUCCCUGCAGUCUCUCUGGACUCAAAUCGCUCCUCUGUUCAAACCGCCUCUGCUGUGGAAGACUGCACUCCUGUACUACCUCACCUUCGUCACUUAUAUCGCUAACAACAGCUUCGCAAUAAUCCUGCCGACCAUCUUCAACAUAUUCUUCACAUCGUACGCCACCAGCGCGGCUGACGCCUCCUUCUGCGACCUGUUCCAUCUCACCAACACUACUGCUGCUGAAGAUCAGCCGGUGGUGUCCGAAUGCAAGAACACGAUAGAAGACAACACCAUCUGGGCGGGCUGUGCACACGGCAUGUCAUUCUUUGUUCUAAAUGCCAUCAUCUCACAGUGUGCUGGCAGGAGAAAGCCCCUGACCAUCAUAAUCCUGGUGAUAGCAGCGGCAGCAGGCGCCGGCAUCAACAACACUGGUGACGCACUGUCAGGCCUGGUGCUGUUCUACAUCUUCCUCACCACCGCCAUGGUCUUCGGAGUCAUAUCCUCGUACUUCGUCGACUUGUAUCCUACGUCUUACAGAGGCAUGAUAGCCUGCCUGGGCAUGAUGGUGGCGCGGCUCAGCGCGUUCGCCGGCACUAACAUACUGAGCGGCGCCAUGACAGAUCAUUGCUCAGUGUGUUAUCUAUAUACGUAGAUACACUCGGGCAUGAUAUAUGACACUAACUGAACAUUACAGAGGCAUGAUAGCCUGCCUGGGCAUGAUGGUGGCGCGGCUCAGCGCGUUCGCCGGCACUAACAUACUGAGCGGCGCCAUGACAGAUCACUGUUCGGUGGCGUUGUACUCAGGCGCAGGGAUCGUACUCAGCGGUGCUGUAGCUGCAUUAUUUUUACCUUCAGAUAGCAAGAUACAUUCUUGAUAGUAAUUAAGUAGGUACCCUCCUGUUAUUAUAGUCUCUAUAAAAAAUAUAAAAUUUAUACACAUUUAUUUACUACUUUUAGUUACUU